AUGUCAUUCUCCGGCCGCCGUCUUAGCAUCCUGCGUCCUUCGAGCGACCGACGCUCCAGCAAGGGGCUCUCCGAUAACGAGUUACGGUCCGAGACUCAUCGUCAAUUCCGAACCGCCCACGAAGGCCACCGUCCCCACGCUGGUCUCGACGCCUCCCGUGCCUCGACCGGUGUUGUCUGGUGUACAGAGCGUGCUACCGAGCAUGGCUACGCAGAGGACCCCGCUAGCUGGGCCAACCUAGGCCAGGGUGCCCCCGAAGCUGACGACGAGAUCGAGGGAAGCUUCCCCCGGCCGACGUCGAUCCCCAUCACCUCCGCCGCUCGGGAGUACGGCCCGACCGCCGGUAUCAAGCCGUUGCGUGCGGCCGUGGCCCGUCUAUACAACGAGCACUACCGUCAAGGAAAGGAGAGCAAGUAUACCUGGGAGAAUGUCUGCAUCGUGCCCGGCGGUCGUGCGGGAUUGAUCCGUAUUGCUGCCAUCCUGGGUAACUCGUACCUGUCAUUCCCCAUUCCCGAUUACUCUGCGUACAAUGAGAUGCUGAGUCUGUUCAAGAACAUCGCCCCCAUUCCCAUGCCGCUGUCUCAAGACGACCACUACCACAUCCACCCCGACAAGAUUGCCGAGGAAAUCGCCCGUGGUACUCAAGUGAUCUUGACAUCGAACCCUCGUAACCCGACAGGUCACUUUGUCUCGCACAAUGAGCUGGCUGAGAUCCAGGAUAUCUGCCGUGACCGCGCCACUCUCAUCCUUGAUGAGUUCUACGGUGGCUACAACUAUACCACCAACUGCGACGGUUCCACGAUCAGUGGUGCCGAGAAUGUUGUUGACGUGAACAAGGAUGACGUCCUGUUGAUCGACGGGCUCACCAAGCGUUUCCGUCUUCCCGGCUGGCGUAUUGCCUGGAUUGUCGGCCCCAAGGACUUCGUCAAUGCCCUGGGCUCUGCUGGUUCCUACUUGGACGGUGGUGCUAAUGUCCCCUUCCAAGAAGCCGCCAUUCCAAUGCUGGACCCUUCCCUCGUCCACACUGAGAUGAAGGCGCUGCAGGCCCACUUCCGUGAGAAGCGUGACUUCGUCCUGAAGCGCCUGCACGACAUCGGUUUCCGUAUGAAGGACGUGCCGCAGGCCACUUUCUACAUCUGGCUCGACCUGACCUCGCUCGACCCCCCGCUGCCCGAGGAGGCCAACAUCUCCGACGGUCUAAACUUCUUCAAUGCUCUUCUGACUGAGAAGGUCAUUGUUGUGCCCGGUAUCUUCUUCGACCUGAACCCCGCCAAGCGUCGUGAUCUGUUCGACAGCCCUUGCCACCACUAUGUGCGUCUGAGCUACGGACCUAAGAUGGAUGUCCUUGAGAAAGGUCUGGAUGGUAUCGAGCGUGUGAUUAAGCGUGCCCGGGAGAUGGCACCGAAGUGGGAGGAUGAGGUUGCUGUUGCUGAUGAUUAG